AUGUUGUAUGAAGUACAGCUCCAAGCUUGCACAGAGCUGGGGUUGUGCCUCCAUUGAGUGGGCAUCGGUACAAGACGCUGGAGGCGCCGCCGGCAGUGCAGUCUGCCCCUACUCAUCGAAAUACAGACAACAGCCGGAGGCUUCCAGUCGACUGCUUCCAUCCUGUGGACUGGCCCAAAGCAGCCAAAACGGGAAGAUUUGUACUAUGAACUUUACAGAAGGCGAACAACUCAAGCCCACGUAAAUUUAGACCUCGCACUUGUUUACAAUGGUUCUUCAACCUCCUUCAAAGGACAAUUGCUGCCUUACACAGAGUAUGAAUAUCAGGUGUGGUCAGUAAAUUCAGUGGGCCGGACAUCGAGCAGCUGGUCCCGCUGCCGGACAGGCCCUGCCCCUCCUGAGGGCCUGGGAGCUCCCCUCUUCAACACAGUGGCAUCCACUGUGGCUGUGGUGAACAUCAGCCCCCCUCUUAAGCCUAAUGGGGUGGUCAGUAUCUACAGACUGUUUUCCAAUGAUACCAGAGGGACCGAUGUGGUGCUGUCAGAAGGGACUGCCACCCAGCAGACAAUACAUGGACUAAAACCUUUUACCACAUACUCCAUUGGUGUGGAGGCCUGCACCUGCUUCAACUGUUGCAGCAAAGGACCCAUGGCUCAAUUCACCACACAGCCGGCUCCACCCUCAGAGCAGCCUCCCCCGCAGAUCCGCACUGUGACCUCCAGGAACGCCUCUUUCCAGUGGAGUGCCCCUCAGUCACCCAAUGGCAUUGUAACCAGCUACGAGCUCCAUGUGUAUAUGGCAUGUCCUCUGAACCUACAGCCAGCAGUGAAGGCUUGCAGCCCUGGCCCAACUGAGGUGAAGUACACAGGAAAAGGACAGAGUGCCAAUGUGUCCAACCUGGAGCCUUACACAACUUACAACUUGCGAGUUGUGUCUUACAACUCUGUUGGCAGCAGCGCCUCCGAAUGGAUUGGUUUCACCACGGAAAAAGAGCCACCUCGGUACAUGGCUCCAUUCUCUGUUGUCAGCAAUUUAUCUACCAUCCACAUAGACUGGAGUCGCACGUUCGUGCUGAACGGCCGCCUGAAGGAGUACGCGGUGACUGAGAGUGGGCAGCGCAUCUACAGUGGCUUUGACACCGAGCUCUAUUUGCCAAGGACAUCUGACAAAACUUUUUUGUUUCAAGUGACCUGCAUCACUGAUGAAGGGAGUGCCAUGACACCGGUCAUCAAGUACAACGCUGGAGAUGGAGUUGGUCUGAUCUUGACAACACCUGGAGAGAAGGACAAAGCAGAGUCUAAACAUGCAAAAUUCUACAACGAGUUGUGGUUUGCAGUGCUGAUGGUAGUUCUAGGUUUGAUCCUCUUGGCUAUUCUUCUCUCCUUAAUUCUUCAAAGGAAGGUCAAAAAGCAACCCUAUGUACGAGACAGGCCUCCUUUAGUUCCACUCCAGAAAAGAACAUCACCAAUGAGUGUGUAUUCAUCAGGUGAAACCCACCCGGGACUAGCAGAUACGAAAAUUCCAGGAGCUGGUUCUCCCAUGAGCAGCCGCAGUGUCCAUAUCACACCUGGGGGAAGGAGACUAAGUCAGAGCCAGCUAAGUCGCACGUAUUCCCAAGCCUCUCUCCACCGCAGUGUCAGCCAGCUGCUCAACCUCUAUGACAAAAAGACUUUUGAAGAAUCGCCUUGGGAUGCCAUUCUUCGCAAUCACCGCACUGCUGGUCGCGGCUUGUAUGUAGAUGAAGAAGAUCUUGCCAAUGUCAUCAAAGGCUUCAGCACUGUCACCAAGGAGCACACCACAUUCACUGACACCCACCUCUGAAGAACAAAACCACCUUUUCUAGAAAAUGGAAAGUGGGUAACUUGCCAAAAGCAGCAUGCAUGGCCUUCGGGGCCAGACACAGGGCUGCUGCUUCCCCACCCCAUGCCCAGGAGUUAAAAGAUAAAACUGUUUUUUGGGGACGGGAGGUGGGAGGGUAAGUUGGCCUUUUUUUUUCCCCAUCUAUUUCACUAUAUAAUAAAAACUGUGUGUUAGCACUGA